AUGCCGCUAGAGAUUGAGGCUUUGUGGGCUCAUUUCAAUACCUUGGAUGAUGCGGGCCAAAGUAUGCUGAGAAGGAAGCUUAAAGAGCUUUAUUGUCCUCAAAUCAGUUCAUUGUGUCCUCCUGAAGUGAAUAUAAAGCACAAUCAAUCGUCCAAGGAGAGGAAAACCAAACCUCCCAGAGGUCAAUCAAUAGGAUCCACCCAGCGUGACCUUUCACAUUGGGAACAUGUUGACAAUCAGACCAAAGAACAAGAAUCGAAAGCUAGCAAGAGGAAACCUAGGCUCACCAAAACUCCUAAAACAACUCCAACAUCGCAAGCUCCUAAGUCAAAGAACAAGAAGGCUAUGACGGCCACCGGCUCCAAAAUCUACUUACCGGAGUUGCCAUCUUUUUUAUGGCCAUAUAUACAUGAAGUGAUAGAUGUUGUCGGGGAUGGUAAUUGUGGAUACAGAGCCGUCGCUGCAUUGCUGGACCUUCAGAACGGUCAGGACGGUUGGCCUCGGGUUAGGGAAGAGCUGAUUGUAGAACUCACACUCUAUGAGAAACACUAUACACGCAUGUGGGGUUAUGAUGUGGUACAAGCCAUCCACAAUCGUCUCACUCUCCCUCCUGAUGGUAGAGCCACUAAAGCCAAAUGGAUGCAUCUACCGGAGAUGGGGUACCUUAUUGCUAACCGGUUUCGGGUGGUUUUCAUCUCCAUCUCGUUAAAAUCUAGUUACACUUACCUUCCGAUGAGAGGAGGCGCCCCACCGUUAGAACAUCCUGUCAUAGCUAUUGGUCAUGUGACCAAUCACUUUGUACAGCUGAAGUUGGUGUCUGGACAUCCUAUGCCGCCAAUUGCUCCCCAAUGGAAAUACAACGUUGAAGAACCCGAGUCCGAAUGGUGUAAACCGUAUAAAGAGCGUUUGGAUAGAUUUAUGGCUGAACACACUGUUUGGAUUGUAUCUGGUUUUAGAGGAAAUAACCAGAAGAAAUGGAACAAGAUCCACCAUCAACCUUCAUCCGCCCUUGCAAACGCCAAGACAACCUUGCCUCCAGCUCUCGUCCUCUCAUUCCCGGCCCAGCUGGCGCCGUCCAGGCCGCCAUGA